CCGGUAGUCGCUCUCUUGUCUGUGAACAACAGCAACGCCAAGGAUUUUUGUUGUUUGCCGCCUUUCGGGCCGGUUAGUUUUUGAGAAAUUAUCACUAUCUAGUCCUUUUUGGUGAAGAAAUUUGUGAGAUAAUAUAUAAUGGGAGAUAAAGGAGAUGGAGAAACCUUUGAUGAUGCGGUGGAGGAGAGAGUUAUCAAUGAAGAAUAUAAAAUAUGGAAGAAGAAUACUCCUUUUCUAUAUGACUUGGUAAUGACACACGCUCUGGAGUGGCCGUCGUUGACCGCGCAGUGGUUGCCCGACGUGACGAGGCCCGAAGGAAAGGACUAUUCUGUGCACAGAUUGAUUUUGGGCACCCACACAUCAGACGAACAAAACCACCUGCUUAUAGCGAGUGUGCAGCUCCCCAAUGAAGAUGCACAGUUUGAUGCCAGCCACUACGAUAAUGACAAGGGCGAGUUUGGUGGUUUCGGAUCAGUGUCGGGCAAAAUCGACAUUGAGAUAAAGAUCAACCACGAGGGGGAGGUGAACCGGGCGCGGUACAUGCCUCAGAACCCCUGCGUCAUAGCCACUAAGACACCGUCUUCGGACGUGCUUGUAUUCGACUACACCAAACACCCCUCCAAGCCAGAGCCGUCAGGAGAGUGCCAUCCUGAUCUAAGAUUGCGAGGACAUCAAAAAGAAGGUUACGGUCUAUCAUGGAACCCUAAUCUCAAUGGGUAUCUCCUAUCAGCCAGUGACGACCACACAAUCUGCCUGUGGGACAUCAACGCGACGCCGAAGGAGGGCCGCGUGAUCGAAGCCAAGUCCGUGUUCACCGGACACACCGCCGUCGUCGAGGACGUGGCCUGGCACUUGCUGCAUGAGUCUCUAUUUGGUUCUGUGGCAGACGACCAGAAACUCAUGAUUUGGGACACCAGAUGUAACAACACAUCGAAGCCGUCUCACACAGUGGAUGCGCACACCGCCGAAGUGAACUGUCUCAGUUUCAACCCUUAUUCCGAAUUCAUAUUAGCGACUGGCAGCGCCGACAAAACUGUAGCAUUAUGGGAUUUACGUAAUUUGAAAUUAAAACUUCACUCGUUCGAGUCGCACAAAGAUGAGAUAUUCCAAGUACAGUGGUCGCCCCACAAUGAGACCAUUUUGGCUAGUAGUGGCACCGACAGGAGACUGCACGUAUGGGACCUGUCCAAGAUCGGCGAGGAACAAACAGCCGAAGACGCGGAGGACGGCCCGCCCGAGCUGCUGUUCAUACACGGGGGCCACACUGCCAAGAUAUCAGACUUCUCCUGGAACCCAAACGAGCCCUGGGUCAUCUGCUCCGUCUCCGAGGACAACAUCAUGCAGGUAUGGCAAAUGGCGGAGAACAUUUACAACGACGAGGAGCCCGAGACGCCCGCCUCGGAGUUAGAUACGGGGGUCAACGUGAACCACGGUUAGAGACUCGAACAGCAGAUAAACGUUCCAUUCUUGUGAUUGUUUCGUCACGCACAUUUUAGGGCACUACAGACUGGUAACACUAGUUAUUCUGAAUGAAAAUGAUGCUCUAGCUACAAUAUUUUUAGCUUUUAUAUUGAAUUUGUUUUUUUUUUUUUUUAAUAUGAAUGUUUGAAUUUAUUAUUUCACCAAUAUGGUUCUGUCGAUUGUAUAAUCAGUACUUUACCAACUAGCUAUUCCAUAAGUGAUUAAUAAAUUGCAAUAUGGCUAGAAAAAAAAA